CACAAACCGAUCAGUUGUUGGCUAGCAAGAGUGUACUAUUAACAUCUUGAACUAGAUCAAAUUAAAAAUGGCACCUACUUUAGGUUACUGGAACAUUAAAGGAUUGGCUCAACAGAUAAGGCUUCUCUUGAAGUACUGCAAUGUUGAAUUUGAAGAUAAAGUCUACGAUUUCGGACCAGGUCCUGAUCGCUACAGCGAGAACUGGUUAAAGGACAAAUUCAAUCUUGGUUUAGAUUUUCCAAAUUUGCCUUAUUACAUAGAUGGAGACGUUAAGCUUACACAGAGUAAAGCUAUCAUGGCAUAUAUUGCAAAAAAGUAUGGUCUUUUUGGUAAAACACCUGAAGAAGAAGUAAAGGUUUACUUUUUGAUGGAUGAAAUAGCUGACUUUAAUAUUGACUUUAUAAAGAUUGGUUAUGUUGCAACCGAUGAUGAUAACUACCAAAAGAUGAUAAAAGAGUACCUGAGUAAUUUAGAUAGUAAACUGGAAAAAUACGAAAAGUAUCUAUCAAAGAAUGAAUCUGGAAAAUGGCUAUUAGGAGAAAAUAUUUCCUGCCCCGACUUUAACAUGUACGAAGUCCUAGAUAAACAUAGAUUUUUGAAGGCAGAUGUUUUGGAUAAUUUCCCAACAUUAAAUGCUUAUAUGGCUAACUUUGAGAAUAUACCGAGCAUCAAAGAGUAUAUGAGCAGUAAAGAGUUUAUAAAAUGGCCAUUAUGUGGACCCAUGUCUAAAUUUGGCAGCUGAUAAGUGAAUAAGGAGAGAAAAAAUGUUAAUUGGGACAAAGAGUUCAAAAAAUUAAUAUUAGAUAUGCUCUUAAAAAUACAAUACUAUUCACAAUGAAAGCAUCUUUGUGUUAACAAUACAAAAUAUAAAAACAGCUAGUUAAUCCUAGUGU